GAAACUGAAACACCAGGGAGUUCCAACUUGUACUUGCCGGGAACACACCCAGACGAGACGAGCCACCAGCAUUGCGACCCGCACCCCACCGGCAUCCUCGCCGCUACCCCCUUUUCAUCCAUCCAUCCUCCCCGAAUCCUUCCCCUUUUCUCCAGAUCUCUCUCUCUCUCUCUCUCUCUCUCUCUCUCUUCCUUCGAAACCCUAGCGCCACCUCCCAUACCACCAGGCCCAACCCUAUCGACACCACCUUCCUCCUUUACAUUCACCCAACUGAACACCCACCCGCAUUCCGAUAACUUUACAGUCGAACCAAUCGCGCUCCACUCGGUGUGCCCGACAAUCGAGUUCCUUUUGAUGAAUGAUCCUCCUCGACUCGUACCUCAUCUAGAGGCGUUUCUGAUAAUUUAAUCCACCCCUUCGAUUCAUCAGAGUUGCGGUGCGUGCACGGCGACGUGGGUAGUCCGGUGGACGGUUCAAGACUUGGAGGUGGAAGAGUUAGUUGCUAUUAUCGAGGGGAUCUAUGAUUUUUUCUCUCAGGACGGUUCAAGACUUGGAGGUGGAAGAGUUAGUUGCUAUUGUCGAGGGGAUCUAUGAUUUUCAGGAGAUAGGAACAAGGGGGAGAUUAUUUGCAAUGUUGUCUCACUUUCUCUCUUCCUCGGGGUCCUUCUAGGUAUGUUGAGGGCAUAACCUCACUUAUUCUAAGAGGGAGAAAUGGGGCACCCUUGUGCCACCCAACAUUGCCCUUUGUGGGUACAUGGUACCAAGUAUCAAGGUUUGAGGGAAACUAGGCGACUUCAUGAGGCGAAGGUUAGCCCAGCCGAAGGAGUCCUCUAGGGCAUGGCUGAAGGAUAACCCGCUCCUGAAGUCGAAGGCUAACACUUGGGCUGGAGGCAGGGCCCAAGUUAUUCGGGACCGAAGGAGGAUUGUGGAUUGGAGGUUUGAGCUCUAAGGUAUCAUCUGAAGGCCCAAGCUCCCUUCAGGAGUUCAGACUUCUGAUCAGUCUUAGAGAGAGAGGGAGACCUGUUCACCGAAGGACAAUUCCUCGGUGUUCGCAUCAUACCUACCACCUGACCUCUGAAUGACCUCUGAAUCACUAACAUUCUGUAUCACUGACCCGUAGGCCUAUGGCCUAGACCUCACAUUACUACUACCUACUUCUACAAGCUUCAGACAAUUCAUAUCACACAUCACUGUCAAUCUGACUUUAGAGGUCUGACCUCUGGUCUUAGAGGUCUACGACCUUUAGACUACCAGCCAUUGAGGACCCUCCACGUGUCGUCAAUCCAGCUGGACUUCAGGGCAUCUCUCUCCUAUAUAAAGGACCCUUGCCUUCAUCCGUCACAUUACACACCCAUUGCUCUUUGCCUCUCUACUGACACUCUCUGUGUGUCUAGGAUUUGCCUUAAGCUCUCUCCUCCUCCGCCUUCAGCACCCCGAGGCCCGAGCCUUCAGGAUCUCGUUGGUAUCCCGGACUACCCUCAGGGUGAAUCAUAUGGAUGGUUGACCUUGAUGCCACUUUUGGUUGAUCUUACUUUUCAAAGCCUUAAUUGUUAAUCAACUUAAUCUGAUUACUUCGGUCAAGAUGUCCUCAGCUUCAAAGGCGCCAGGCACUCAAAAUGCUUUCCCUGUGGAUGCAAACUUACAUACUUCUAGUAAAAGUGAUUUAGAACAUGUAGACGAGGAGGAGGAGGAGGAGGAUGUAGAUUUCAACCCUUUCAUAAAAGAUUCCCCCUCUUCGGAAGCUUCAUCGAGCAUGAGCUCUGAAAUUGAAGUUUUGGAUGCUGAUGUUUCUACAAGCAAGGGGAACACAGGGGUAGACUUGGCUACUCAUUUAUCUUCAUUGCCAUCUGGUCAGGUGCAAGAUUAUGCUCUUGGGGAUUCCGAGCAUGGGGAGGAGAUUGUAAUGCAACCUGCUAUUUCAUCAGGAGAAGCAAGUAAUAAAGAAUCAGAAAGAACAUCUCCCACAAGGUUCAAGAAGAGAAAAGCAGUUCUGAUUUCUCAGCCUGAAAGUGAAACAUUUCUGAAAAAGGAGAAUGCCUCAAGCAGUGGAACAGAUGUUGUUAAUGAUGUUAUGGUUAGGGAUUUAACGAAUUCCAGGAGGCCCACUAUGGAUAUAGAUGAUGAGGAUGCUAUCUCUAAGCGCACAAGAGCCCGCUAUUCACUUGCUAGUUUUACCCUUGAUGAACUCGAGGCUUUUCUACAAGAAACAGAUGACGAAAAUGAUCUUCAAAAUGUCAAUGAAGAAGAUGAGUACAGGAAAUUUCUGGCAGCUGUUUUACUAGGUGGAGAUUGCGACUGUCAGAUUAUACAAGGAAAUGAAAGUGUCGAUGAAGAUGAAGAAAAUGAUGCAGAUUUUGAGAUAGAAAUCGAAGAAGCACUUGAAAGUGACCUUGAUGAUAUUACAAGGGGUGAUACCCAACAAGAAAGUGAGGCAGCUGGUCGACGACCUGAGACUAGGCUAAUUAGGCGCCAAAAAGCUUCUGUCCGCCAGAAAAAUAGGCUUUUGGGACAGCCAUAUAGGCCAUUGCGUCCUCUCUUACCAAAUGCACCUAUAGCAUCUUUCCCUGUGGUGAUACCUGAGACAGCUCCACACUUUGUGUCUUUCUCUGGACAUGAUGGUUUUAUCAGUGGAUUUACUGCACAUCAGCUAGGCCAGUUACAUUGUUUGAUCUAUGAGCACGUGCAGCUUCUUAUUCAGGUGUUUUCUCUUUCUGUUCUAGAGCAUUCACGACAGCACAUUGCCUCCCAAGUUCAGGAAUUGAUUUCAGAGAUGCUUCACACACGUGAUCAAGUAAUGUCACGUAGAAGGGAGCCAUAUCGUGGUUUCCUUUUUCACCCUCCACACAUUCAUCCAGCAGUGCAACAUGGACUUUCCAAAUCAUUGACUCCAUCAUGCACCUCUGAGUCAGCUCGUUCCUUUGAUAAACAAAGAGAUUGCUCCUUGGGGACUAACAAUGGUCCUCUUCCUGAAGUAAUAUCUCCUAGCAGAAGACGUGGAUAUUAUGCUUCUAAUGAUCAGGAUGGUCUCUUUCUAACAUCCAACAGUGCUUUGUCGGUGCCCUUUGUAAAUGGUCCUAGCGUAUCUGUCCUUGAUGUAGCUCCGCUUUAUUUUGUUGGGGAAUAUAUAGAUGAUGUUGCUAUUGCUGUGAAAGAGUAUCAGCUGCAACGUGUCCAAGCUGCUUGUGAUAGUCAUUUUAAAAAGGAACCCCUGUUCCCAUUUCAUAGUUCGGAGUCUUUUGCUGAAGCAAAUGCUGAAAUUCUAGGAGGAACCCCUGCGCCAACUGCGAAGGUGUCUUCAUAUCCUGCUGGUGAUCAGCCCCCCAAAAAGACAUUGGCUGCAGCUCUGGUUGAAAGUACAAAGAAGCAAUCAAUUGCUCUAGUUCCAAAGAAAAUUGCCGAGCUAGCGCAAAGAUUCUUGCCAGUGUUUAAUCCAUCCCUAUUUCCACAUAAGCCACCCCCAACACCUGUUGCGAAUCGUGUGCUUUUCACUGAUGCAGAAGAUGAGUUACUGGCGAUGGGAUUAAUGGAAUGUAACACAGACUGGAAAGCAAUUCAACAGCGCUUCCUUCCUUGUAAAUCUAAGCAUCAGAUUUUUGUUAGGCAGAAAAAUCGUUCAUCUUCUAAAGCCCCAGAAAAUCCGAUCAAGGCAGUUCGGAGAAUGAAAAGCUCUCCCUUGACAGCAGAAGAGAUAGCACGUAUUCAAGAGGGGCUAAAGGUUUUUAAGCUUGACUGGAUGUCCAUAUCAAGAUAUGUUGUCCCAUAUCGCGAUCCAUCCUUGCUACCCAGGCAGUGGCGCAUUGCUACUGGAACUCAGAAGUCAUAUAAAUCAACUGCUGAUAAAAAGGAGAAGCGAAGGUUAUAUGAAUUUAAUAAAAGAAAGUGCAAACCUGCUGCUUUGGCAACUUCAUCUGAAAAAGAUGACUGUCCAACCGAUAAUGCGGAUGGAGAAAAUUACAGUGGGGAUGAUUGUGUGGACAACAAUGAUGAAGCUUAUGUUCACGAAGCAUUUUUAGCAGAUUGGAGGCCUGGUACUUCCUUUCCCAUUUCUUCUGGGGUUCCUAUUCCGAACUUCCGAGAGAAAAACCAACCUGGCAAGUUACUGUCCAAAUGGGAUUCUCGUGUCAUGGAACAGACAAAAAGCAGUGGUUGUGGAGAACCAAAUAGUAACCUUGAGCUUUCAGCUGCAUUUAAGUACUCCCAGAAUCCUGACACUUCAUCGUAUUUUACCCAUACUAGACAUCCUGCAUCUCCUGUUGAGCCUAAUCAGCCUGGUUCUGAUAUGAUUUCAAGGCCUUCCAAAUCCCUGUUCCCCUCACUGCCAUAUCGAUCUCGCAAAAAAAGUAGUGCUCAUUUGGUGAAGUUAGCUCCAGAUUUGCCUCCUGUAAAUCUUCCACCAUCAGUCCGUGUGAUGUCUCAGUCAGCUUUAAAAAGUUAUCAAGUUGGAACAUCGACUAAGGUUGCGGCUGCUGAUAGUGGAAUUAGGAGUGCUGCAACGGAAAAAAUAGCUUCACGAUUUCCUGGUGUUGGAGUUUCGGGAAGCUUUCAUCCAAUUAUAUCUGCAGAGAACAAAAGAAACCUGCUUGAAAAAAGUAACCCUAAUCAGCCAGAAAAAAGCAAUGCUAAUCAGCACCGACAAGAAUCUUUUGUCUCCAGGGAUAAGUGUGUGGCUGGAGGUAGAGACGACACAUAUGCACAUAUGCAUCCUUUACUAUUCCAGUCCUCUGGAGAUGGGCAUAUGCCAUAUUACCCGUUGAACUGCGGUAGUGGUAUUUCAAGUUCCCUCAAUUUCCUUUCACGAAUCCAGCCCCAACUAAAUGUCAGUCUCAUAAGUAAUUCUGACCAAGCUAACCAAGCAGUUAAUCUUUCUGAUAAAUCUAUGAAGUCCAAGCAAGCUUCAUUUUCUGGUGGUAUUGACUUCCAUCCACUUCUGCAAAAAACUGAUGAUGCAAAUACUGAUUUUGUAACUGCACGCAGAGGCAGUUGUGCUCAGCUUCAAAGUUCGUUUGAUGCUGUCCAGUCCGAGUCACGGGCCAAGAGCAGUCUGUUGGCCACCUGUGAUACAUCCUCCAGUCCUAAUGACAAGACGAAUGAACUGGACUUGGAGAUUCACCUUAGUGUCACAUCUAGAAGGGAGAAAGCUAAACGAAUUGCAGAUGUGAUUGAACAGGACAGAACAACAUCCAACGUAAGUGCUUUGGGUUCUGGAAAUACCAUGGAAACUCAGGCCACUAUAGGUUCAUAUUAUCAGCCCAGCGAAACUUCUCCGAUAGCUUCAGUUCCAAACAGAAUCACCAAGAAGAUCAAUUCAGGUCCACGUGCAUCGAGCAGCAAUAUCUCGGUAUGUGGCAUCAAUAAUGAAGGUGACCAGUCUCUUUCAGAGAUUGUUAUGGAACAGGAAGAGUUAAGUGACUCCGAGGAAGAAAUUGAUGAACAUGUGGAGUUUGAAUGCGAGGAGAUGGAUGACUCAGAAGGAGAUGACUCUGAGCAGAUCAUUGACAUACAAAAUAAGGUGGUCCCAGAUUCUACUACAGAUAGACAAAGCAGCUUUACACCAGCGAGUUUGAUUUCUUAUACUUCCGGUCGUCCACAAAAUGAUAUGAAGAAAGCAAAGGCUUCACUAGACUCUUCAGUAAUGGAAGGUUCUGCUAACAAAAACUGCCCCCCUCCCUUUCGCCCUAACAGAUCUAGCAGGAAAACCGUCGUAAAUAGAAAACAUGUUGAAGAACACCAUGACAGCAGCAGCAAGUGAAACGGCUGGAAUUGGCUUCUUUUGCUGUCACGGAAUCCGGGGAAGGGUGUGUGCAGAAGUAACUUAGCUUUAUGUACCAGAAAGAAAAAGCAAAAAAGUUAAAAUGUAAAUACUGUUCUGCAGUAGUUUAGAAAGUUAGGUGGUGGAAUCGAACCUCGGGCAUUUGAAGUGGAGAAGCGUUCUAUUUGCAGGCUCCCGUGAUUCUCGAAUCUUCGAAACCGGUCAUCUUGCAACCAUUUAAACCAGCUGUGAUCAAGCAACCGGAUAUGCCGGAUGCCAUUAGAUUCUCAGAUGAUGACUAUGAAGAGGUCGAUGGAAACUGAGCAAGGAUGUGGAGAAGUAGGAAAUGUGACCCAAAGCGGUCGAGGUGUUAACCCGGCUCAUCUUUGGUCGGACAAUCCUGGGUAGGGUUAUUUGUAUAUAUGUUGUAUAUAUAAAAGAAGAUAUUGGCAAAUGAAUGGCAUGAGUAACUAUUUUUGUCAAGGAAAUAAUAUUAUCAAUACUAUUUCGAACA